ACAUCUGACUAACACAAUGGCCUCGACUGUUGGCAAGACCAUCACCUGCAAGGCUGCCAUUGCCUGGGAGGCGGGCAAGGAGCUGAGCAUCGAGGAUGUCGAAGUUGCUCCUCCCCAGGCUCACGAGGUCCGCGUGCAGAUCUACUACACCGGUGUCUGCCACACUGAUGCCUACACCCUCUCUGGCAAGGACCCCGAGGGUGCGUUCCCCGUCAUCCUGGGACACGAGGGAGCCGGUAUCGUUGAGUCUGUUGGCGAGGGCGUCACCAAUGUGAAGCCCGGCGACCACGUCGUUGCUCUCUACACUCCCGAGUGUAAGGAGUGCAAGUUCUGCAAGUCUGGCAAGACAAACCUCUGCGGCAAGAUUCGAGCCACCCAGGGCAAGGGCGUCAUGCCUGAUGGCACCAGUCGAUUCAAGUGCAAGGGCAAGGACAUCCUCCACUUCAUGGGAACGUCGACUUUCUCUCAGUACACUGUCCUGGCCGACAUCUCCGUCGUUGCCGUCCAGCCCGAUGCCCCCAUGGACCGCACUUGUCUCCUUGGUUGUGGUAUUACCACCGGCUACGGUGCGGCCCGCGUCACUGCCAAUGUCGAAGAGGGCUCCAACGUUGCCAUCUUUGGAGCCGGAUGCGUUGGCUUGUCAGUCGUCCAGGGAGCUGUUGUCAACAAGGCUGGAAAGAUUAUCGUUGUUGAUGUCAACCCGGCCAAGGAGGAGUGGGCUAAGAAGUUUGGUGCUACCGACUUCGUGAACCCCAACGACCUCAAGGGACAGACCAUCGUCGAGAAGCUGAUUGAGAUGACCGAUGGUGGCUGCGACUACACGUUUGACUGCACUGGUAACGUCAACGUUAUGCGUGCUGCCCUAGAAGCUUGCCACAAGGGCUGGGGUGAGAGUAUCAUCAUUGGCGUUGCUGCUGCUGGCCAGGAGAUUGCCACUCGCCCAUUCCAACUUGUCACUGGUCGUGUCUGGAAGGGCUGCGCCUUCGGUGGUAUCAAGGGACGCUCGCAGCUGCCCGGACUUGUGGACGACUACAUGAGUGGAGCUCUCAAGGUUGAUGAGUUCAUUACUCACCGCAAAACUCUUGGCGAGAUUAACAGUGCAUUCGAGACGAUGAAGCAGGGAGAUUGCAUCCGCGCCGUUGUUGACUCCCGGACGCUGUAGAUCAAAUUUGUGUGGAGGGACUAAGCUCGAGAGACAAACUUAAGAGAAGAUGUAAAAUAUGAAAAUUAAAAUGAUACUUAUGGAAGCGAGAGCAAGAAAAAAAAGGAAGGGUGAGAGAAAGGUGGAUGAGAGUAUUGGGAGAUAUAUGUGUUCUGCUGUUACCACGUCAAUUUGCACCUUGAUGGUCAGGUGGGGGGAACAAGAUCUCAGCGAGGGCGAUAAGUCACAUUGUCCAAUAGAUCAGAGGGUUGCGUAAGAAAUGCAAAGCGAUCUGCUGUAGUAAAUCUAAAACCCCAGUUCUUACUCUGAG